AUGAGCAGCGAAGUGGUCGACUCCAACCCAUACAGCCGCCUCAUGGCUUUGCAGCGCAUGGGCAUCGUCAAGGACUACGAGAAGAUUCGCAGCAAGACGGUCGCGGUGGUGGGUAUGGGCGGCGUGGGCAGCGUGGCGGCGGAGAUGCUGACGCGGUGCGGAGUGGGCCACCUGCUCAUGUACGACUAUGACAAAGUGGAGCUGGCCAACAUGAACCGCCUGUUCUUUCGCCCCGAGCAAUGUGGCAUGACCAAGACUGACGCGGCUGCGCAGACUCUGUCGGGCAUCAAUCCUGACGUGGCGCUGGAGAGCUAUACCAUGAACAUCACCACGUUGGACGGGUUUGAUGCCUUCAAGGCCUCCUUGACCACCCCUGGUAGUGCUGGCACGGAGUCCAGGGUGGAUUUGGUGCUGAGCUGCGUGGACAACUACGAGGCACGCAUGACGAUCAAUCAGGUGUGCCUGGAGCUGGGGCAAACGUGGAUGGAGUCUGGGGUGAGCGAGGACGCGGUUUCUGGGCACAUCCAGGUGGUGGCUCCCGGGCAGACCGCCUGCUUUGCUUGCGUGCCACCGCUGGUGGUAGCCUCGGGCAUUGAUGAGCGGACGUUGAAGCGGGAGGGCGUGUGCGCUGCCUCGCUGCCCACCACCAUGGGCAUCAUUGCUGGGCUGCUGGUGCAAAACACCUUGAAGUAUCUGCUGAACUUUGGGCAGGUCACACAGUACCUGGGGUAUAGCAGCCUCAAAGACUUCUUUCCCACGAUGCACAUCAAGGCCAACCCCAGCUGCUCCAACCCGCUGUGCCACAAGCGGCAGGCAGAAUGGGCGGCAGGCGCAGCGGAGCGCGAGGCAGCGGCUGCAGCCGCCAACGCAGAAGAGGCGGCUGCGGCGGCAGCCACUGCAGUAGCGGUACAUGAGGACAACGACUGGGGGAUUGAAGUGGUGCCAGACGAUGGCAAGGCUUACAUGCUGCCCGCCGCCACGGUAGCAGCUCCUCUGAUGCAGCAGCAGCAGCAGGCAUUGCCAGAUGGUGUGCAGUUCAGCAUGCCGUUGAGCGAC